AUGCGUGAAAUUGUGCACUUGCAGGCGGGCCAGUGUGGCAACCAGAUCGGCUCAAAGUUUUGGGAGAUAAUAUCGGAUGAGCACGGCAUUGACCAGACCGGUUACUACAAGGGGGACAGCGACCUUCAACUCGAGAGGAUCCAAGUGUACUACAAUGAGGCGGCUGAUGGCAAGCGGUACGUGCCCCGUGCAGUCCUGGUGGACCUGGAGCCAGGGACCAUGGACGCCAUCAGGUCAUCCACCUACGGCCAGCUGUUCCGACCUGAUAACUACGUGUUUGGACAAAGCGGAGCCGGUAAUAACUGGGCGAAAGGACACUACACGGAAGGCGCUGAGCUGGUCGAGUCAGUUAUGGAUGUCGUGAGAAAAGAGGCAGAACCUUGUGACUGUCUUCAAGGUUUCCAGUUGACCCAUUCAUUGGGUGGUGGUACUGGCUCAGGUCUGGGUACGCUGCUCCUCAGCAAGCUGCGAGAGGAAUACCCUGACAGGAUUGUCAACACCUUCAGCGUGAUGCCGUCACCUAAAGUGUCAGACACAGUCGUGGAACCUUACAAUGCGACAUUAUCCGUCCACCAGUUGGUCGAGAACACAGAUGAGACAUUUUGCAUCGACAAUGAAGCUCUCUACGAUAUUUGCUUCCGAACUUUGAGGCUAGCAUCGCCUACUUAUGGAGAUUUGAAUCACCUUGUGUCGCUGACCAUGUCAGGAGUGACAACAUGUCUCCGGUUCCCUGGACAGCUGAACGCUGACCUAAGGAAGUUAGCAGUGAACAUGGUGCCUUUCCCGAGGUUACACUUCUUCAUGCCGGGAUUCGCCCCCCUGACAGCCCGCAACAGCCAAGGCUACCGAGCCUUAACAGUCCCGGAGCUGACACAACAGAUGUUCAGUCCUGUCAACAUGAUGGCGGCGUGUGACCCUCGCCACGGACGGUACCUGACCGUGGCCGCCAUCUUUAGAGGCAGAAUGUCCAUGAAGGAAGUCGACGAACAAAUGUUAACUGUGCAGGAUAAGAAUUCUAGUUACUUCGUAGAAUGGAUACCGAACAAUGUGAAGGUCGCAGUGUGCGACGUCCCGCCCCGUGGACUCAAAAUGGCGGCAACUUUCGUCGGCAAUACAACAGCAAUACAGGAAAUAUUCAAGCGAAUAUCUGAACAGUUCACCGUUAUGUUCCGGCGUAAGGCGUUCCUCCACUGGUAUACAGGAGAGGGCAUGGAUGAGAUGGAGUUUACGGAGGCUGAGAGCAAUAUGAAUGACCUGGUCUCCGAGUAUCAACAGUAUGAGGAGGUUGGCGUUGAUGAUGCAGAAUUUGAUGAACAAGAAGAAAUGGCGCCUGAAGAAGAAUAUCCUGAAGAAUAA